AUGGCAGUUGUUCUUCCAAUUGCAUCAAUUACUGCCGGCGUUCUUCAAAGAGUCCUAGAUAGAAAAACCGUCAUUACUAUUAAAAAUCAUUCCAAACAAAUCCUUGAUCAACAUAAUUUAUACUUUGUAUCUGGAACAUCUAAUUGGGGGCUUCCCGGUCCGGUUUCAAGUGAUGAAGGUUUGAUAUGGGGUUCUAGCAAGACUGCUGGACCUGUAGCUACGGGAGCUGUAGGUAUUUUUGUAUACCACAUCAGAGAUCAAAAGCAAUCUUUAGUCUUUCUGUGGAGUGUCCCGUUUGAUUACAACCUUUACGAUAAUUGGUGGGACUUAAAAAUUUAUGAUGGUUUUAUUGAGGCUGAUUAUGAUUUAUACAAGGAAAUGUACUACGGCUCACCACAUAAAGGAGACAGUCUGACUUACAAAGGAAACUUGAAUUUUGGUUGGCGUUAUCAGGGAUCGAUGGGACACUCUGGAACACCUUUUAUCGAUGUUAAUAUCUACAAGGAUUGA